AUGCCUUCACUCUGCACCAGCUUCACAUCGAUCUUAGCUGUGGUGCCCCUGUGUUAUGCUAACCGGCGCCUCACCAGAUGCUCCGCCACACAAUUAGAACACCCUGUUGUGUUCGGAGCGCAGAUAACCAGCGUCACUGCUACGCACGUCCAUCCCUAUUCGACAAGCAGCACACAGAACGGCGCAGUGCCCGCCGCGAACUAUACCAAUCUCAAUUUCUGCAAUAUAAAAGUCACUUACACCCACCCAGGCUAUAACGACAUUAUCCACGUCAACGUCUGGCUGCCCUCGGAAUGGAACGGUCGCUUCCAGGGGACUGGCGGGGGCGGCUGGAUCACUGGCCAUACGGAUCAAAGUCUUGCUCCUGCGAUUGCACAGGGCUAUGCCGCAGCCUCGACAGAUGGCGGACAUACCGAGUCCGGUGAUGGCAUGCCCGAAACCUGGGCGCUGUUGAGUCCGGGAAAUGUAAACCAUAACCUGCUGCAGGAUUUCGCUUCGGUGGCGUUGAACGAUAUGACUGUGAUUGGCAAAGCCAUCACCACGAGCUACUACGGCAGUGCUCCAACAUUUUCGUACUGGAACGGCUGCUCGACGGGUGGCAGGUAG